AUGCAAGAGGGGAAAGUUGAAUUUGAUGUAAAGGAUAAUAAAGAUCCGGUGAACCGUUCUGUUUCUGUAGGGAAUCUUCGACAGUACAAUGAGUUGAAGCGAACUACUGGGUUUUUGAAUGAUGUGAAUUCAGAAUUUGAAAGUAAUAAUUUGUUUCAAAAUUUAUCAAGCGUCAAAUUACAAAGAAACUCGUCAUUAGAUGAAACUCGUCUUCACAGUUCUGCACAAAAGUAUCCCCAUAAAAUAAACACUUUUGAUCCAACUUCUUCUAUGGGCAUGCCUAGUGUCUUAUCACCUACCGGUUCGUCUUCUUUGUCUCCCAUUUCUUCUGGAAGUUUUAAGUCCAGGGCAGGUUUGGAUGGGAAUUCUACUACGAUGGCGAAUGAUGAUAACAUGAGAGACUUGACAUGUUCAAGCCAAACUGACAUUUCGGAUUUUGAAUUGGAUAAUAUCAAUGGUUUUCAAAUCGAACCAGAGGCUUCUGAUAAAAUUGAAAUUCCUGAUACUGAAGAAGAUGAAGAAUUCCAAAAUGUAGAUGAAAUCGACGGGCCUAUAUCCAACAACAAUAUUGUCGAAGAUAAUAAAAAUUUCAAUAACAAUAAUCAAAUAAGCACAGAUAAAAAUGAAGUCGAUUAUAAUAUGCCAAUUGAUGCUCAGUUAAAAAAAUCACUGGAAGAAAGAGCAGCGGAUUUUGAAAAAUCUACAGAAGUUCAUAGUAUAGCUACACCUAAAAUAGAUUGGCAUUUGAAAAAUUACUACGGUUUAGAAAGAGAAUUGCCAGAAUGGUUUACGCUUGCUGAUUACACACAUAUUCCUCAAACAAAAUCACAAUUUGAUAAGCAUAAUAUAGUCCCAGGAAAAUUUAUAAAUGAUGAAGAUUAUGCUAGGACAAUUAUACAGUCAUUAUUAGAAAAUUUGAUUGAACAGCCAAGUUCAAAUAUAAUGGCAUUAUCAUAUAUAGCAUUAGGAAUAAAUCCUGAAUCAGAUUCAGUAACGAACCAAUUAAAUUUUAUGAAGAGAAAUAAUCUAUUUAUUGUAGAAAUCGGUUUAGACAAAAUAGUAAAAAGUUUUUUUAAAAUAGCAAGUUCGUGCAGAGAUGCAAACAGUAAUUUGAGAAAACAUACUGUACUUUUAUUUUACUCAAGUACUAUACUUUUUUGUAUUAUUAGCAUUUGCAUAGAGGAAAGAAAUAAUAAUGAGAAAAUUAUCAAAGAAGCAAUUUCAACUUUUGAUAAACUAAAAUUAUUACAAUUUUUAACAAAAUAUAUAGAGCAUUGGAGAUGGAAUAGUAGACUUUCUAUGAGAAUAAGAAAUAUUAUUAGUUUAUUGUUCAAGGCGUUAACAUUACAAUUUGGUGAUCAAGAUAUUUAUAGGGAAACAAAGUAUACUAUCGAAAAAGUACAUGGAAUUAAGCGAAGUGAAGGCUGUCAAAAUAUGAAACUGGAUAUUUCACCCCUGCAUUAUCAAGCAUUUAGAGAGGACAUUGUCUCAAGAUAUCCUGAUUUUGAUCCUCCCAGCGAAAAUUUGCCAAAGGAUAUCGACAACUCUAAUUCUUUAUCUCAGUUUUUGGAGAUACCAAGAUCUAAAGUAAGAAACCCAAUUAAUAUGACUUUGGCAGUACCUGAACAACACCUCGCAACUCCAGCACCAUCACCCCCAAGCUCGCCUACAUUUUUUCCUAUUAAUCCAUCAUCAAGACCAAGAAAAUCGUUUCAAACAAACAUGGCAUAUCCAUGUUUAUACCCAUCAGAUAAUGAAAGUGGAGAUGAUGAUUUAACGAAGAGAACACAAAUAAAUGAAUCCUAUCUUGAUAAAGACAUAGUUGUUCCAUAUAGUAUUCAAGAAGCCACCAAGAUAUUGAGUGAUAACCUAAGAAUUAAAUUAAGUAACAAGCAACUAUGGCAUGAAAGAGAUCUUUUCAUGAUGAGUGAACGUGGUUGGAACAUGGAUAGGACAAAAGGGCCUUAUAAUUAUAAGCUUGUUGGUUCUACUGAAGAAAAUGAAGAAAGUAUCGAAAUAAUGAAAAGAAUUGAAUCAUAUUACGAAGAUUGCUUACCCUCUUUUAACUCCCUAGUAUUUGUCCUCUUACAAACAAUGGAAUCGAACAUGUCUAAUAUUGAUUACCGUAUUGCCGACAUUGGAGAUAUCGCUACAGAGGAGGAGUUAAUACCACAACUAGAGAUUUCAAGAGCAAAAGAAAUAUCAUUAAAGUCUUCAUCAGGGAUUCUCUACCAAAUGUUAAUUUGGUUUAAGCUUAAUCAUAUACUGAAAUUUGAGUAUCUCUGUGUUCUACUGUAUGAUUCCCGAUUUAUCAAUAUCUCUACCACUAUCCUUAAUAAAUAUUCAGAGGCAUAUUUAGAGAAAGUUUUUGAUCGAAUGAUGAAGCCCAAGCAUUCUAUUUGGAAAGAGUGUUCGAAAUAUUGCCAAUACGAGACAUCCGAUGUGGCAAAAUCGCACCAAGAAAGUUGUAUCGAUGACAAUAUCUUAGCCUCUUUUACAUAUAUGUUUAAAAUAUUGAAAAAAAUCACCGGUAGCAAAACUCAAAGAUUAAAAGAAUUACCACUAUCAAUCGGAUUAUUAUUCAGAAGAUAUUUUAGAGCAUUUAAUCUAGAUGUAUACCAUCCAAUUUUAAAGAUCGUGAAAGAAUUGACGCCAUUCAAAAACAAGAGAUGGAAGUCAGAGCAUAUGGAACUGAUUUCUGGUGUAUACUUGUACGAAAAACUUGAACUAAUAGAUAACUGGGUUACCGGAAAGGAUAUAUCCAACGAACUAAGUGAUGCGUGUGGUCAAGAAAUAGCAUUAAGAGCACUGUUACAAUUCUACAAUUUUUUCCAUUACGAAGAAGCCAUGGCAGGUUUAGGUUACGGUACUAGAACAAAUGUAAACCAGUGUCUACUAAAUAAAGAAACCGAUACAUAUUCCGUAUGA